CCGCCGCUGAAGGGGCGGGGCGCGCGGGCGCGCGCUCCCCGCCUCCCGCCGGGGCGCCGUUCCCGCCGCCGCCGCCAUGGAGGAGCAUAAGGAGAACUGCCCGCAGGCCGCCCUCAACGAGGCGCUGCUGCCGCCGCCCGCCGCCCCCGCCUGCCUCCCGGGAAAGCAGCAGUGUAGAAACAAGGAUCAGGAAACUAAUGGGAAGAACUUAACUUGCAGCUUGAGUGACUUCAGUGAUCCAGUUUACAAAGAAAUUGCCAUCACCAAUGGUUGUAUCAAUAGAAUGACCAGAGACGAGCUCAGAAGUAAGCUUGCAGAGUUCAAGCUUGAAACGAGAGGAGUGAAGGAUGUACUGAAAAAGCGACUGAAGAACUAUUAUAAGAAACAGAAGCUGAUGCAGAAGGAGCCUACUAAUGGAGACAGUUACUAUGACUACAUCUGUGUUGUUGACUUUGAAGCAACGUGUGAAGAAGGAAACCCACCUGAGUUUAUUCAUGAAAUAAUUGAGUUUCCUGUUGUCUUAUUAAACACACAUACCAUGGAAAUAGAGGAUACCUUUCAGCAAUACGUGAAGCCAGAGAUUAAUCCCAAGCUUUCAGCAUUCUGCAUCAGUCUGACAGGAAUCACUCAGGACAUUGUCGAUAAAGCUGAUACGUUUCCUCAAGUUCUGCAGAACGUCAUAGAGUGGAUGAGACAGCGAGAACUGGGAACAAAGUAUAGCUAUUGCAUGUUGACAGAUGGAUCUUGGGAUAUGAGUAAAUUUUUGAAUAUCCAGUGCCGUAUUAGCCGUAUCAAAUAUCCUUCUUUUGCGAAAAGGUGGAUCAAUAUUCGCAAAUCGUAUGGGAACUUCUAUAAGGUUCCUAGGAACCAGACCAAGCUGACAAUCAUGCUUGAAAAGCUGGGAAUGAACUAUGAUGGGAGACCUCACAGUGGACUUGAUGACUCUAAAAACAUUGCAAGGAUAGCUAUAAGGAUGCUGCAGGAUGGCUGUGAACUGCGUGUGAAUGAGAGAAUGCAUGCUGGGCAGCUCAUGACUGUCUCCUCCUCAGUCCCCUUAGAGGGAGCCCCUGUUCCACAGAUGCCCCGCUAUAGGAACUAAUAGUUCAGGGAUUCUGCGUUUUGACCUGCUGUCGAAUACCUGCUACAGACUGUUAACAGCUUAUGAACAAGCCACCUCUGUGAACCUGUCUGCAGUGCAGAAUCUGAAAGCACCUUAAGUAAAGGUCUCUGUUGAAAUAAAGAGAAGUGUGGAAGCUCUUUGAAGCUCGUGUUACAGCAUUUUUUUAUUCUCCUUUUUUUUAGUCAUUUUCAUCUUUUUUUAACAAUAAGGUUGAUAUUUGGAAUCCAGAGCAAGUGUUAAGCUUUAGAACAUGUUGUCAAAACAAAUGUAAAGAUUCUCCGGGCUAGUGUACUACUGGUCCACCCCAACCCAUGGGUAAUACUAGUUCAUUAUGCUUUACUCUGCUGACAUCUAGCAUCUGAUUAUUCAUUGCACAGAAACAAGUCAUUGCUAGAAGAACUGAAGUGGAGAUUGUUCAGGCUGACAUUUCCUGAUAAGGCUCCUGCUGAUCUGCUGAUAAUUUCUUUUUUAUGAAGUCUGGAAGAAGUGGGAGUGGUUCCUUUUUUUUUUUUUUUUUUUUUUUUGAAUGUGCUUGUUUGCUUCCACAUCAAAUAUAAGAGCUGUGUGUUGAAUAAAAAAAUAUCAUUCAUGCAGUAUGGUAGUAAUUUCUUUUACUUAUAUUUAAAAAAAGGAAGUUUUGGGGGACUUCAUGUCCGUUAUCAUGCCUCAUAUUCCUGCUACACUCAAGCUAAAUCAAAUGAAGAGCAGUGAUUUACACACCGUCAUCCAUCUGGACUUAAAAGUGAGGGAAGUAAAAAUACAUUCAAAAUAUACCAGAUGAUCAAAAUUAUGUGCUAUGUGGGUAUUACUUAAAACAAGACGCUUCCAGUUCAUGGCUAGACAUGUUCGACUAUUUUUGGUGCCUUCCCCUACCUCUGUUAUCAUGAAACUAUGCCUUUAUCUCAAAAUCUAGUAUUAGAAGAUGAAUAUAGUUCUAUUAGUGAAGGUCGCAUCUAGUUAUUACCAUAUGUCUGCAUUCCUACUAGCCAACAGAUAGCAUAAUAUUUCAUGAAGCCAAAGCGUUAAUUUAGUUUGUCUGAGUGGGUUGUGUUAUGAAACACAGUGUUAAUGUGAUCAGCUUUGCACUAGCAUGGCUUGUUCUGAAAUGCAGAACAAUGCGUUUUGCCUGCUUUUAGUGGAAAAAGAGUUAGUUUGGUAUCCCUGUGUUAAAAUUGAUUCCUUCUUUCUGCCACCUCUAUUCAGGAAAUAAACUGUUGAUACCCAA